AUGCCACGUUCAUUCGAGGCUUAUAUCUUGGUGACUGUUGGAAUUAAACUGUUUCCACGAUGGUUACUACAAUCAUUGCGUACUUCUUUCUUGAAUACAAGCAGUGACGCGUCCCGUGAUGACGGAAUACGCUCCUCGUUCCAAAUUACACGGAUCAAGGCGGUACUACAGACCGCAUCCUUAACAGGUCAUUUGAACCGAUGUUCCCCGUUUUUUCCACAGAAAUUGCAUUUGGUACUAAUUGCCACUGACCUCGUUUCCUUGCUGACGCGGAAGCCGUAUAGUACCGAUGGUGUCUGUAAGGCAUUUGAUUGCUGUUGGGCCAUUUCGAACGACCGGGCUAAUUCCAAAGCAUUUUAUUUCAGCAAAAACACAAGACUUUUGUUAUCAUCACCAAUUCUCAGGAAAUUACGAAUCCAUAUGACUGAAUCAGUAACACCGCCUGAAGAAAAUAGCGAACAAGCAUACCUGAAGCAAGAAUCGGCUCAGCUACUUCUAGCUGAGCGUUACAAAGAUAUUCUCGAUCUGACUGAAGCUGACCGUGAACGUUAUAGUACCCUUUCCAGAAAAAUCAGUGAUGCUCUAUCCGAUGAUAAUCCUUCGAUGCUAAAGCAUAUACUAUCUAAACACAUUCUUGAAAAUCCCGAAAAAUUGAUUCGAAUGAAGUUGCCAUCUUUUCCACUUCCUUUGAAAGAGGAGCUUAUGGUCCGUAGGAUUAUGGAUAGUUGUCCUUUUAAAUCAGCUAUAAGCUGCUUCGGAGGUUUUGUCCUCGGAGGGAUUUUUGGACUUUUUUCUGCCAGUGUGGAUCCAAUGAGCACCAUUCACGGAGGCGAAACACCGACAACUCGUGAAGUUGCACGGGAAAUGUAUGCACGUUCCCUGUCUCAUGCCAAAAGUUUCGCCAUGAUUGGUGCUCUAUUCGCAGGCACCGAAUGUGUGCUGGAGAGUCAUCGUGGAAAAAGCGAUUUGUUAAACAGUACGUUGUCUGGUGCAAUUGUCGGCAGUGCCAUAGGCUUUCGAGCUGGUUUACAACCUGGUGUAGUCGGUGCAGCUGGAUUCGCCUUGUUCUCCACUGCUAUUGACUAUUAUUUCAGACACAAGUCAUAA